CACAUAUAGAUAGCAGGACUAUAGUCCAGCCUGUCUAGAUGAGGAAGACACGAUUAUCCGGUAUUGGGCAAUGACGAACUAUUAAUCACAGUUUUCAACUACACUAACAGUACCGAGAUGGCGACCCCUUCAGCACCGGAAAUAGUUUCCUGCCCUUCCCAUCCAGGAGAAGAAAUCGUUUUCAUCUGUUCCGGUUGUGGUGAUAUGUUUGCGUGCAGUCUGUGUGUAACUAGUGUCCACCGAGGACAUAUACUUAACGGCGUUCAAGAAACGGCAAAGUCAUUAAAGGAACAGAUAUCCGAGCUUGUAAGCACUCGUUCAGCGGAUGCAGAAUCGGUUGCUAAGAGAUUAGACGACAUCAACGUAGAUUACGAUCAGACGACGGACAAUCUGAGAAACUUAAUAGUCGAGGUAAAACUACGAAGGGAAAUGGUCAAGGUCAUGGUCGACGAGGUUGCAGAAAAGGUACUACAACGCAUACAGGACCUCUUAGACGACAACGAGGCUAACGUGACUGACUACAGAACAACGCUACACGAUCUUGAGAAACAGUUACAUUACCUAACGAAAGACAAAAAUGAGUCUGUUCUUCUCUACGGUGAUGCAACUGAUAUCAUCAACUACUACAAAGAGUUGGCACUUCCACCAAAUUUUCCUAGAUUUCUUCCCUUUAGACGGGCAAAAUUCACUUCUACCGACCUUGCAAUGGACGAUCUUAGACCAAAGUUCGGAUCCUUUGCAGAGAAUAAAAUUGAAAGAAGAGAAAGCGCACACGACCCUCCUCCAAGACCACCAAGGACCAAACCAGAAAUAGAAUCAUCGGUUCCAUUGGUUGUUCCACGAGUAGAAUUAAAUCAGCUAAGAAAAGUUCAAUCGGAACGACGUGCCCCAAAGAAAUCUGCAAAGAACAAUAACUCUGAACAACAGUCGCUAGGGGUCACAACAUCGAAGCGUCAUUCUUCAACGAGUUUUGAUUUUCAUCAUCUGGAUUCGCCAAAGAACGUUUCGCCUGACCUAAAAAUAAUGGCAAAUAUCCCAGAAGAGUCAACAUUCAGGAUACGGUCCUUGAGUUACGACAAAAGAAAGUUCGUCAUCUCAUACAUAAGUGACCGACGUCUCAUUUUUGUUAACGAGAAAGGAGAAAAAACCAGGAAGGUUCGGGUCAUGUCUAAUAUCAUGGAUGUUUGUGUUUCACCUCUUACCGGGUAUGCUUGGAUUUGUUGUGAAGACCACUCAGUAACGGAGAUCGAACAAAAGACGAGGGUGAUAAGAUUCAAAACCAAGUCUUUGCCUCUGUGUAUUUGUGCACAACAGAGUGGGGCUUUUCUUAUCGGCGUCACCAACGAUAUCAUUCAGUGUAAUGACACUGGGAAGGAACUCCUUCGUACCAAAUGGCUGGGUGGACGCUCAUCUGUGGUGUACCCUAGGGUCAUCCGGGAGAGUCCAUGCUCUAGGGAGAUAGCGGCGAGCUACGGGUAUGAGAUGGAACGGCCAUUGAAGGUCACGCUUUUUGACAGCGAACUCAAUAUAAAAUUCCAGUUCCCUACUGACCAAAUUCCACAAGAGGAUUUCGGUCCAGUGGAUAUUUGCUUCACUCCAGAUGGACAGCUUCUGAUAUUGGAUAAUGCAGCAAAUAAACUUGUGUGGUUAGGACGACAGGGCGCGGUUCUAAAGGAGACAAUCCUACACCAGUAUCACCCGUCGGUGAUGGCCCUUGGACCGGGCAAUCAACUCUGUUUGGUCCACCAAUCAAUGACAUCACAAAUAUUGACCACGGACAUUCCCCAGAGCGGACGAAAUGAAUAUACUUAUUGCAUGUUCUAAGAAUGGAUGAGAAAUGUAUUAGUACUGUGAUACAAUCAUACAUAAUUUGAACAAAAUAUACGAAUAACUGUUUACCAAAUGGUCCGAGUAGCAUAUACAUUGCGUAAUGUAACUUCACAGGUAGAAGAGGCCGUUAUGUUACAACAUAUUCACAGGUAGAAGAGGCCGUUAUGUUACUACAUGUUCACAGGUAGAAGACGCCGUUAUGUUACAACAUAUUCACAGGUAGAAGAGGCCGUUAUGUAACUACAUAUUCACAGGUAGAAGAGGCCAUUUACUUACUACAUAUUCACAGGUAGAAGAGGCCGUUAUGUUACUACAUAUUCACAGGUAGAAAAGGCCGUUAUGUUACUACAUAUUCACAGGUAGAAGAGGCCGUUAUGUUACUACAUAUUCACAGGUAGAAGAGGCCGUUAUGUUACUACUUAUUCACAGGAAGAAGAGGACGUUAUGUUACUACAUAUUCACAGGUAGAAGAGGCCGUUAUGUUACUACAUAUGAAAAGAAGAGAGAGAGAGACAAUAAACUUUGUUAUAUAAUUUGGUAGUGGGUGAUUCUUAUUGUCAUAUUGUAGGCCAAUACGACAUAGUGAGGAAGAAGAUGAAUCUGUACUUUAUAUGUAAAAUACUUUGGGUUUUGGUCUAUAUAUCUAUAGACCAAUUUAUUAUCAGGCCAUUCCGCCGCAACUAGACGCGGGUAAGCCGGUGUUCUUCACUAGUUUAACGGAUGAUGUUUGGAACUUUGACAUGGUUUCUUCUUUUUAAUAGGAAGGUCGGACAUCUGUUUGGGGCUGAACCACACGUUCGUCACCUGAAGUUGUUGGCACUGUUUCUGUUCAGGUGCUGGUUGGCGUCUUCGGCAGAAAUAAAUAAAUAAAUAUUUUUUGCAACCUUCUGCAUAAUCCAAAUGAAAUGACGUAUUUGGGGUAAGCACAUGAACUUGAGGAUGUUAAUUUGUAGCGAAAACAGUCAGAUUGGUGAUUGCAAUGCCUGAUUUAGGUCGUUUAUCAGACAAAUAACCAGUGAAGCGUAUGUACAAAAAGGUGUAAGUCAUAUUUCAUAUAACAAGAAUUGAUGUUUUUCAAAACAAUUCUUCGUUCGUACAUAAAUAGUCGUGUUUCAUAACAAGUGAACCGUAUUUUACGUAACCCAUCGUAGUAUUUUCAUUACAAUAUCUCGUGUGUUUCACAUACUAUUAAAGUGGAAAAUGCCGCGAUUGAAAAUGUUAGUGUUGUGGUUCUUUAAACUGAUAGCGGGGUAGAAAUUUUCGCGUUAAAAAUAGUUCUGACAUCUAUAUACCCUAUAUAUCUAUAAUCUCUAUAACCAUCAAUUCAAUAUUCGCUUGUGGAUAUUGUCGCGCUAAUUGAGUCAACGUGAAGGACGCUAGAAAGUUCACACCGUGGAAAUUUCCACUUUUACAGUAAGUGUUUGCUAAUCACGUGCUCGUUAAUAUCGUUAAUGUCAAUAUUAUUAGGUAUU